GUAGAGCAUUUCAUGUAAUCAAGACUUAGUUAGUCGUGAAGGAGAGACGCUAAAAAAGUCUGUAUGUUAAGUAUGUAGGAUUAUUUUCCAGGUGAAGUGGACAAGCCAAAGGUGAGGUUGUAUGAGAUUUCCAAUGUGUGGUCAACAAGUUCAGAGGUUGGUGACCUUACUGUGGAGCUUCUGUCAAAACUGCCUUUUACCAUGACGAGAUCAGGUGCCUUCAAACUCAGCAUCCUCUUCUUUAUCACCUUCAUCCUGUGCCUACCAGAGUUUUUUCCAAAAAUAUUACAAAUCGAGUUUCUCUGUGAACCAUUUAACCCUUGCACACCUGAGAAUGAUGCAAAGGUGUGUGCUCCAGUAGACCUUCCAUGUGCUGAAGCCUGGUAUCUGUGUAAGACUGAAACGGACCUGCAGCUUCUUACCUUGCAGUCAGACGAGUAUUUGAUGGUGGUAUUGGCAAUGAAGGGAGGCAAUCUCUCAGGAUGGAACAUUAGUGAGUUUGCGGUUCUCAACAACACUGAUCUAUACACCGGACCCCAAAACGACCAGAGACUCUUCCACUGCUACCUCCCACCAGACAACAGCAACUGUCCAGAUCUGAACAUAUCCAUGCAAGAAAACACCAGCCCUCCAACACAAGACACUACUUUUGCAAACCCAACGGCCUCUUCGCUCACAACAUCUAUACAAUCUUACCGAGCAACAGCUUCUACAGAUGAGUUUAAGUGUCAACCAACCACCAGCAGUUUCCUCUUUUACUACCAGGAGCACAAUAAGACAGCGAGAUCUGCCGCAUUACCAGUGCAGCAAACAAGAAGAGAUGGCCGGUGGUGUGUGAUCACGUCGAUAUGGUUGGCUCUGGUACUGACUGUGGUUGUAGUAACCCUUUUGAGUGUUGGCAACCUGAUCUUUAGGAGCAGAAAAGGAAGGUCAAAUUUGGUUGCAUCUGUACCCGUUUUAGCCUGUGGGCAUCAGCUCAAAGAGCUUGGUAAACAAAAAGAAAAUUUAACGAGUAAAGUCCCUGAUGUGUCCAUAGCAAUGUGCAAGAUAAGUGAUGGUGAAGUAUUCUCUGAGAUCUCUUCAAUGGGCAAGAGAACAGAAGGAAAACUUCUGAAGGCACCUGACCUCAUGCACAAGACCAGAUUGUCACCAAUCUAUGAGACUACAGAAAACUCAUCAGAUGGAGAACAGCAAAAUGAAGAUGAGGAAAGGAAGCAAUGCGAUGCCUCAGUAACAAAGGAAGAGUCUACAAAAUCACAUCAGCUCCAACAUCUGGCAGCACAGGGCCACUGUGAAUCGCCAACUUACCUGCAUCAUCGAAGCAUUUUUUCAUGUUCUGGUCAUGAAGAAAAUGGAGAGCUUUAACCCUUUAAAUCUAAAAGAGCAAAGGCACUUUAAUAAAGGCAUAGUCCACCUAAAAAAUUAAAAUUCAGUCAUUAAUUACUCGCCCUCAUGACGUUCCAAACCCAUAAGACCUUCAUUCAUCUUCAGAACACAAAUUACACUCUUAAAAUUAAAGGAACCGUUUUUGGUUCCACAACGAACCAUUCAGUCAAAGGUUCUUUAAAGAACCAUCUGUUUCUUACCUUUUUAUAAUCUGAAGAACCUUCUUUCACCACAAAGAACCUUUUGUGAAACAGAAAGAAACCUUUAUUUUUAAGAGUGUAUGGGUUUGGAAUGACAUGAGGGUGAGUAACUAAUGACAGAAUUGUCAUUUUUGGAUUAACUAUCUAUUUAAAUAGAAAAUGUAUUUAUUUACAACACGACAGAGGCCAGUUAACUUCAUCAUGCUUUCUUCAGAGGAAAAACAUCAUGUUAAAUUGGCUGUAAGUGACGUUAGCAUAACGUUCUCAACUGGAUUCAGGUCUGGGGAAAUUGAGAGCCAGUCAAUGAAUGCCUUCGUCAUCCAGAAACUAUCUACAAACUCUGGCCAAAGUUGGCUGGGCAUUGUCAUGCACCAGGAGGAACCCAGGGACCAAUGUACCAGCAGAAGUUCUGAAAGCAGCUCUGAGGAUUUCAUCCCAGUAACUAACAGCAGCACAGGUAUUGUUGGCUAGUGUGUGGAGGUCUGCGUGACCCUUCAAGGAUGUUCCUUCCCAGACCAUGACCCUCCACAAAAACAGUCAUGCUGGAUGAUGUUGCAAGAUGUUCCUCACAGCAUCUCCAGACUCCAUUACAUCUGUCACAUGUGACACCGCUCUCAUCGUUUAGAGAACAGGGCACAAGUGGUGAACCAUGGGGUGAACUAUCAAGCCUGCUGGAGGUCAUUUUGUAGGGCUCUGGCACGUUCCUCCUUGCACAAAGGAGCAGAUACCAGUUCUGCUGUUGGAUUGUUGCUCUCCUUGUCCCCCAGUAUCUUCUAAAUGCUCUUAAAAUUGUGCUUGGAAACAUAAACUUCCUUGCAUCAGCACAUAUGGAUGAGCCAUCCUGGAGGAGCUGGACUACCUGUUCAACCUGAUUUGGCUGCAGGUACUGCCUCCUGUUACAAGUAGUAAAAAAGACUCUUAACAAAACACCAAACUAGAGAAAAAUAAGUCAGGAAGGAUAAGGAGAAAGCAGUUGUCUGGGGCCACCAGCAGCAAAACCAUUCUUUUUUUGGAGGUUGUCUUGCUGUUGCCUCUUCAGUGUGCCAGUUGUCACUUUCAUUUCCACCAAAGCAACAUGAACUGGAACUGGAAAGAUUUACAGUAUGUGCCUGAAGUUUGAAUAUUUCUCACACACCAAACUCAUCUUCCAGCUUUCCAUAUAUGCGCUGUCCAACAUUAUUGACAGGUAGAGACUAAGAGCACCUCAACUAAUAAUUUCUGGAAGUUGUGUUUUGUAGGGUCUUUCCACAGAUCUGUAAUCGACAGUCUUGGAGUUAUCUUAACUACAGGAAUAUUAAUAACAAUAUGGUGUUAUGUCACUCACACAGUCUCAAAAAUGUCUGUUUUCCCAAUGCUGAAAAAAUGAAUGGGAAAAAUUUGUUAUGACCAGCCUGAAAACAUAAACCACGGUUCAUGGUUCUCCGAUAUCCAUUUAGCAAGCAGAAUGGCUACACUAAUGUGAUUUCUUAAUUAUAAUAGCACUAGUCUUAAGCUCCUGUGGUGGCUAUUAAAGCAGUACUCAUGUUUCCAUAAUGCACUUUUAUCUUCACUUCAUCUUAAAUACAUAAAUAAGCUUCUUUGUCAAUGAGUACUGUCCAAUGAGCAACAUGAGAUAUGUAACUUAUACUGAGAACUGUGAAAACUGAAUAUUUUCACAACAGAUGCUAAAUAAAAAAAACACACUGUACUGAGAAUUUCAGUCUUUAUUUUUCUGUUAUUUAUAUUACAGAUUAUAUUCUUGGUUCAUUUGUUUAAAACAAAAAACUGGUAAUGGUGUAUGAGUGAUUGAGCGAUUAAUUGGCAGAUUUUCCAAAUCUGCUCAGACAAUACAACACACCAUUAAUAAUCUUCAUUUUUUUGGUAAAGUAACUUAAAAAAGAAGAAUGAUACAUAAGCAGCUUCCUAAAUAAGUUAGGAGUUUCAAUCUUAUUUUCCUAAUUAUCUCAAUGUAAGAGUCUAUAUAUAGACUAGAAUUGCACUUUUUGGUGUAAGCUCUCAUAUUGAAGCAACAUACCCAAACACAAAACAAAACAUAGAUAUACCGACAAAUACAGACAGAAACACACAAACAGAAUAAGGGCACUACUCUGUGGAUGUUGGUUCUGGGACUGGCUUGGCCGCAGUUCUGCUGGUCUGGAUGUGCGAGAUCUGAAGAACAGGCAACAGCAGCUGGAAUGCAUUGUGAA